UAUUAUAUAUAUUCCAACAAACGGGCCCACGGCGAGGUCCCUUCCUCUCUGGCCCUAGCCCCCAGACCACCAGCCGCCGCCGCCGCCUACCCCCUCGACGGAUCGGAGCGCCAUGGCCUCGGCGACCUCCCUUCCUCCUGCUGCGGAUGCGGAAGCAGCAGCUAGGACACGCGCCUUGGAGGCGUCCUUGGAUGCAAUGGUAGCGGCGGAGAUGAAUCUUUUCCAUAGAGAUGAAAGCGAGGCAAUACUGAUGCAUGUCCACCGUUGGGGGUGGCGGUGGCUGGUCGCCUCACUCUUCUGCCUACCGGAUCCCCAACCCAUCCGCAUCGAUCUGCCGCACACUGAAGAACAGGUUGAGAUGAUUGAAGAGGAAAAGCGCAGAUCCACGGAGGUGGGGUAUUUGGAGAUGCUAGCUAUUCAUCAUCAGCUUGCCACUAAAUGCCUCAGCCACUACAACUCUAUGCAUCCGGGCAAGGAGUAUGAGCCUGCUCCUGGGUGGCUGACCCAGAAUCACUUUUUUCACAAUGGCGCCAGGUGGGCUCAUGGCAACUUUUUGGCUCGUCCGAAGCGUUCUGGUUGCUUCUCCUUCCUUCCUGGUCCACGGACUCUCUUCUUCUUCGAGCUCGCCAGCAGACGUAAUUCCGAUCAAGUUGUCACUUGCACUCGCUUAGCCAGAGGUAGCGGCACACUCCUUUACCCAACACUACUUGGCAGGCAGCCUAUUGCCCUGGGAGCUUUUCCAACAAUGAACCAGUUACUGAAGCCUACAGUGUAUUGGGUGUCCCUCUUUGGUGGUCUAAGCGGCGUGAUGGCAAAAUGGAUACCUUUUGCAAGAUAUGCUCCCGUCGCUUUGACGAUAUUCCUCACGAUCCAAGAAGAAAGAAGGUGUUUCCAUGUGGACACAGUGAUGUGAAGAAAGUGUGUGAAAUGUGCUACCGUCGCUCGGGUGUGCUGCAUCCAGGGCUUGGAGAAUUCACGUUUGGUUAUCAUGAGCCGGAGCCGGACCUCAAUUAUUACAGCUUUGACUGUGGUUCUACCUGCUGUAUCCGUAGAGGUUGAGAUUGUGCGUGUUGGUUCUGAAAGGCCGGCGGCCUUGAAACUUGAACAUGAUCGAGGCAGGCUCCAAUAGCUAGCUGCAUAGAUUAUUGAGAUCGAUUGAGACUGCUGUAUGCACGAAGGAAAUUAGUAAGUAAUAAUGCCUCUACUUAAUAAC